GCUGCCAUGAAUAAUUUGCGCCUUCCCUAGGUCUAGUAAGCCUGACUAUACACUCAACCAUGGCUAUUCAUGCACACAAUUUGCGCGACUAACCCGGGCACCACAGAUAUGCAAUAAAUUACGACCCAAUCCCCUCCCUAGUUCUUUGCUUCGAACAUCAAACAAACACAUCGAGCGAACCCGGCUUCAAUAUGUCAAUCUGCCUUGCCCCAAUACACCUGUGACGGCAACCUUGGCUUUUGCGCAAUACGGGAUCACACCAAGGUCAAUGAUAGUCUGCGGGAGAACAAUGGUGGUGUUUCUUGCGCGUGAACCCAUUGACGCAUGCAACGUUCAUUCAAAUGCUUUGACCCGUUUCGUUUAUUCUUUUGAUUUAUGGUCGCCGUGCCAUGGCCUUCUCCAAAUACAUAAUUAGCGGCCGAACCAUCGACCCAACCUUACACUCCGUCUCUUCAGGUCCACAACAACCAGUGGCAGUUACUCCCGACUCAAUCAUAGGUCAUGCCCAGCAGCAUACCACCAAGUUCUGCCAGUGGGGUAGAAUGCCCCGGGAAGAAAUGUCCUGAAUGUCAGAAGCGCUUCGAGGAUCUUUUCUCACAUUUGCGAAAGGAGCACAAGGGAGGCUCAGAGGAACACAGCAAGAAACAAGAGGCUCUUGCUUGCCCCUGGCCGAACUGUGAUAUAUCCAAAGGGUCGAGGAUUCCUUUGGAGGAUCAUUUCGCGUCACACACGAACAGCAGGAAACAAAGCUGUCCUCACGUGCUCACGCGUGGCAGGGGAAAGAAAGCCUUGUGCCGUUUCUACACUGGCAAAUCCAACGGCUUGAUGCACCAUCGAAAGAUUAAACAUGGAUUUGCAGGUACGAAGGGCUCAGUGGAUCCUUGGGUCACUGACCGGGAGGAGGCUUCGAAGGAUCUCCAAUCGGCGGAAUUAUUUGGCGGCAACCUCAAGAGAAAAGAUACUAAGCAUUCCGCAACCGCAUGGAGGAACAAACUAACAAGCCCCACUAGAGGGAUACCUGGUCCCUCCCGUUUCCAGGAGCACUCAAAAUCUGAGGAGGAUGAACAACCAGCCAAAGUCGAAGAGGUUUUAGACGCGAUAUACAAAAUGAACAAUGGUCCUCUGCUCACCAUGAAGGCCGAGCCAGAGGAUGAAGACAUACGACUGAACACUGAGCUUCACAAGAAGCCCCCCGUAUAGUGUUGGCUGUGAUCGCUCCUUGGACAGAAGUUAUCUCUUGUCUUCGACCUCGCGUCUCAUCUUGAACCCAGAGUCCUUCAACGUCUAUGUACCAUCAUUCUUCCGCCCUUCCUAAUCCUUCACUCAUUAUGAUUACCUGCUCACCGCCGCUGUUAUCUAUACGGCAUGCGCCGAUUAUGCUAGACUGUUAUGUAUGUACCGAGACCGCAGUCUAAAGAAACCUGAAUGAAAACGAAGAAUGGCCAUA